AAAACAAGAAAAAUGCGAUAAAUAUAUAUAAUCAAAGAGGUAGAGAGAACACGAUAAGAGCGUGAGAACCGCCGCAUCCGAUAUUUUCUUUCUUCUGCCUCUUUCUUUGUCGUUUAGCCGCAAUCGCAACCCACAGAACCAAUGAGCUUUUAUCUAUUACACAUCUAUAAAUGUAAUCACAAGAUCUCUGUCCAAAUAGCUUCUAAUUUCACAAAUCCAUACGAGUAACAACGCAACCCAUAAGUUAUAUCUCUGGCAAAAAAAUUUUGAAGAGUUUUACAGUGGAAGACGAUUCAUUCUCUCUCUUGCUGGUCAUCAAUGGCGUCAAGGAAGCUUUUUUAUGGCAGGCCGGGUUAUAUUUAUCCAUACCCAGAAACAGAAACUUCCCAAAACGACCAGGAUCUCUUCGAAUUCGACGAAUCCGAUAUCUAUGACCAAGAUGAACGCCUGCCCACUUCGUUCGACGCCAAAAACUCGAUACCCAUUUCCCGAUUGUCGCGAAAACCGGCGAAAACCUCCGAUUCCGCCGCUUCUCACCGGAAAACCAAACCCGCCGCCGGUUCGCUCCCGGUUAACGUCCCUGACUGGUCAAAGAUUCUGAAGAGCGAAUACAAAUGCCGAUGCAAGAGAGACAGCGACGACGACGACGACGGCGGCGGAUGGGAGAGAACUCCGCCGCACGAGUAUUUGGCGCGGCGGAGGGGAUGGUCGUUCUCGGUUCACGAAGGAAAUGGUCGGACGCUGAAGGGAAGAGAUCUAUGGAGGUUGAGGAACGCCAUCUGGGAGAAGACUGGGUUUCAGGACUAACCUUAUUCACUUAACUAUGAUUAUGGUUAUGAUUAAUAGUUAAUUAAGACAUAAUCACGGGUACGGUAUAUUAUUUAGUAUAAUAUGAUUUAAUUUUUGGAGUGAGGCUAAUCACGGAUUUUGUGGAGCUAAGAUUUUUGCGGAUUAGAAUUGGGGUUUGCUUUUUUUGUGAUCUUUGUUAUUUCUCUUUUAUUGUUUUUUUUUAAUAUAUGAUUUCAUAGAAAGUAUUAAUUCUCAUU